GCCGCAACCAGUAACAUUUUUGAAAAUUCCAGGGAACCCUUCGUUAACUUCUUCGGUUCUUCCCUUCGUUAUCUUCUCCCUUCCGUCCUCCCGGUCGUUCUCCUCUCCUCAUGCUUUGUUUUUCUUCUGGUAGCCUCUACUGGAUCCUUACUCCUACGGGCAAAUUCGUAGUACAAUUAACAGAAGAGUGAAGAAAAAAAAUAUUUUGUGGGGUUGAAGAGGACAUGGAAACAGCAGCUGGGACACUGCUCUUCACUCUGAAUCGUAAGAUAAUAAAUUACAAGCAGUCCACAGAUGCUGUCAUUUCAAAUAUUUCUUCCAAUAGAGCAUGUUCUUCCAUUCGAAUGAGAUAUAAUGCUCAACCAUUUCAUGAAAGGGCAAGCUACAUUCCUGCAGUUUCUGCUAUAUCGUCAGGUGCAGAAGAUAUUCAAGUCUCUUCAUCUCAAUGCAAGGACUUCUCUGUGACUGCUACCAGUAUUAAUGACGAUAAAGACAUAAAGAUGACCGUAGAGGUAUCUGGUGUCAAAACUCAAGCAAUUUUUGACAAUGUGUUCUCCAAAAUGGUUGCUGAUGCUCAACCAAUUCCAGGCUUUCGAAGAGUAAAAGGAGGAAAAACACCUAAUAUACCCAGAGACAUUCUUUUGGAAGUUCUUGGACCCUCUAAAGUUUACAAGCAAGUAAUAAAGAAAGUAAUUAACCAUGCCAUAUCUGAAUAUGUAGAAAAGGAAGGCUUAAUAGUGAGUAAAGACUUGAGGAUCGAGCAGAGCUUUGAAGAUCUUGAAGCGAAGUUUGAACCCGGGGAUCGAUUUUGCUUUGAUGCAGUAGUUGUUCGAGUUCAAGAAACAAAGUGACUGAUGUGUAAAGUAAUUGUUCGGGUUCAGCAUUUGAACUGAUUUUAAAUUUUGCGGACAUAUUAAAAACUUGCACAAGCAUUUCACGUUCUGAAUUGAGUGAAGAACAAUUGUUUCAA